AUAAUCCCAUUUUCUCCAUUUUUCUUCUUUUUCAUCUUCUUCUUCUUCUCUUCUCUUACACAGAAAAAAAAAAUUCCCAUAAAUUUUCCGCAGAUUUCGUUUUCAGUUAGAUUCUCUCUUCUCCCCUACCCCCAAAAUCCCCAUUUUAUUUUGUAGCUUACUGUAUUUUUCCAUUUCCAUUUCUUCUGUCAUUUACUUCUUCUUUUUUUUUUGAAUUUUUUUUUCAAGAAUCCAAAACCCCUUUUAAGCUUUUUCAUUUCUCAUCAAGUUGUAAUUUUUGUGUCAUUCAUUGGAUUAUUCUUUUAUUUCUUUAGAGAAAAAGGGGGACACUGUUGUUUAGGAAAAAAAAAGUUACUUGUUUUUAAGUGUUUUCCAUAUAUUAAGAACUGAUAUUAGGCUUUAGGGUUUUUAAAGAUUUUUCAUCUGGGGUGCCUCAAAGAAGUGAUUUUUUUUGUAUUUUUGUUCUUUGGGGUAAGGUAGAUUUUGCUGGAUCUGGGGUAAUUUCCAGAUUUUAAUUUCCUGACUAUUUGUGGGAGUAGUGGUUGAUAAUUGAUAUUUGUUUGGUUUGAUUGGGUUUGUUGAAUCUUUAACUAUGGAUCAUGUGGUUGGUGGGAAGUUUAAACUGGGACGAAAGAUCGGUAGUGGAUCUUUUGGGGAACUAUAUUUAGGGGUAAAUGUGCAAACUGGAGAAGAAGUUGCUGUGAAGCUGGAAUCAACUAAAACCAAGCACCCUCAGCUUCAUUAUGAAUCAAAGCUGUAUAUGCUUCUACAAGGAGGAACGGGAAUCCAACACAUCAAGUGGUUGGGCGUCGAAGGUGAAUACAAUGCCAUGGUUAUCGACCUUUUUGGACCAAGUUGGGAAGACUUGUUUAAAUAUUGCAAUUGGAGGUUCACUUUAAAGACAGCUUUAAUGCUGGCAGAUCAACUGAUUAAUAGGGUUGAAUAUAUGCACUCAAGAGGAUUUCUUCACCGUGAUAUUAAGCCCGACAACUUCUUAAUGGGUUUAGGGCGUAAAGCAAAUCAGGUAUACAUCAUUGACUAUGGUCUUGCCAAGAAAUACAGAGAUCUUCAGACACACAAGCAUAUACCAUACAGGGAAAACAAAAACCUCACAGGAACAGCUCGUUAUGCUAGCGUUAACACCCAUCUUGGAGUUGAACAAAGCAGAAGAGACGAUCUGGAGUCUCUUGGUUAUGUGCUUAUGUAUUUUUUGAGAGGAAGUCUGCCAUGGCAAGGUCUGAAAGCUGGCACCAAAAAGCAGAAAUAUGACAGGAUUAGUGAGAAGAAGAUGCUUACACCUAUAGAGGUGCUUUGCAAAUCCUAUCCUUCAGAAUUCAUAUCAUAUUUUCAUUAUUGCCGAUCAUUACGGUUUGAUGACAAGCCAGAUUACUCAUACCUAAAGAGGCUAUUCCGUGACCUUUUCAUUAGAGAGGGUUAUCAAUUUGACUAUGUGUUUGAUUGGACUAUCUUGAAGUAUCCCCAGAUCGGCUCCAGUUCAAGAGCACGACAACCUAUUGCAAGAUUACCUGUGAAUCCGGGACCAUCCAUUGAAAGACCAGAAAAGAUCCCUGUGAGGCAGGAAAUCAAAGAUAGGUUUUCUGGUGCUGUGGAGGCGUUUUCUAGAAGGAACGUGUCUGGAACUGGUUUGCAAGGGGACCAUUUGAGACAUCACAGAUCAUCUGACGAUGUACCAUCAUCUAAGGAUGUGCAAGCUGAUGCUGAAAGAGGCCGUGUAUCUCGGACUGGUAGCACCUCGAGGAGGGCUGUAAUGGGAAGCAGCCGGCCCAGCUCAUCUGGCGAACCCACUGACAAUCGCUCUGGUCGCUUAGGUUCAAGCAGCGGCCGCAUUUCCACUACCCAAAGAGUACAACCUGGAUUUGAAUCCAAGUCUUCAUCUUUUACCCGCGCUACUGCAACUAGAGGGGGUAGGGAUGAUGCUCUUAGGAGCUUUGAGUUACUAACUAUUGGCACCGGAAGAAGGAAAUGAGGCUAUAUAAUGUCUAAUAUCUACCCCCAAGUUGAACAGCAAGUUGAGCAGCUAUCUUCAAGGACUUAUCAACAAGCAUGCACUGAUUCUUGCAAUUUAACAAACUUGCUAAACUUUCAAGAGAUAGAGGGGUGUUUCUGUUUUGUAUAUUUGAGAAUACCUCUCUAAUGUGAUGUUGUAGACCGGGAUCUCUCUCGAAAAAUAAAAAAUAUUUCACAUCUGGCCAUUGCUCCCCUGAUGUGCAUGGCUGCUAUGCUUGCGAACGGGGAGGAUGUUAAUGGCGAAAGUAAAUAGCUCAUGGUUAUGCAGUGUAGCUCCGAUUACUUAAGGGGCUACCUCAGUACUUCCUCUUAGUUGUGUGGUUCUUGUGCCCAGAAUUGUUAUCAUAUACUUUUAUGUUAUGUACCCUCUAAUUUUUCUUCCUAUAUUAACUUGUUACUAUGAACGUGUGUUGUCUUA